GCCGGUCACGUCAGGCAGUAGGCGCAAGGCGCGCGUGAGCCGGUGCGCGUGCGCGCCCACCCCAACAUCCACCCCCCCUCCCGCCGCUUCUCCAGUCUUGCAGCCGCAAGCGCCGCGGGGAGUCGCUCGCCACUGGAGCAGGCAGUUCCCGAGUUACGUUCUGUUGCAUCUGGGAACCGAGGAGAGCCCAGUGAAGGCUGCCGUGACAAUGAAGAGUAAAAGGAUCUCAGUGUAGGCACAGGAAGAGGCCUAGGGCAAGGCCUGCUAACCUGUUUCAGGAGGCGCAUCCCAUCCGGGUCCAUUCUCUGGGGAAGCCACAGCUUCCUGGUGGGGCUCUUCGGAAAUGGCCCCAGGACCCCCCGCGCUGCUGCUGCUACUGCUGGGUUUAUUGCUGCUGCCGCUGCUGCCUGGACUCCCACCCCGCGCCACCGGCUGUCCCGCCGCCUGCCGCUGCUACAGCGCCACAGUGGAGUGUGGCGCCCUACGGUUGCGCGUGGUCCCACCGGGAAUCCCUCCGGGGACGCAGACGCUGUUCCUGCAAGACAACAGCAUCGCGCACCUGGAGCAAGGCGCCCUGGCACCGCUUGCUGCCCUGCGACACCUCUACCUGCAUAACAAUACCCUGCGGGCGCUGGAGUCUGGCGCCUUUCGUGCACAGCCCCGCCUGCUUGAACUGGCGCUGACCGGCAACCGGCUUCGGGGAUUGCGUGGCGGCGCCUUUGUGGGCCUGGUCCAGCUUCGAGUGCUUUACCUGGCUGGAAACCAGCUGGCGAAGCUGCUAGAUUUCACCUUUUUGCACCUGCCGCGACUACAGGAACUUCAUCUUCAAGAAAACAGCAUUGAAUUACUGGAAGACCAGGCCCUGGCUGGGCUUUCCUCCCUGGCCCUACUGGACCUCAGCAGGAACCAACUGGGCACCAUCAGCAAGGAGGCCCUGCAGCCUCUGAGCAGCCUACAAGUGCUACGCCUCACAGAGAACCCAUGGCGUUGUGAUUGUGCCCUUCACUGGUUGGGCUCUUGGAUCAAAGAGGGGGGCCGACGGCUGCUGAGCUCCAGAGACAAGAAGAUCACAUGCGCAGAACCUCCACGCCUGGCGCUACAAAGUCUGCUGGAAGUAUCUGGGGGUAGCCUUAUCUGCAUUCCUCCCUCCGUGAACGCGGAGCCCCCGGAACUCACAGCUAAUCUGGGAGAGGACCUGCAGGUUGCCUGUCAGGCAUCAGGCUACCCACAGCCCCUGGUGGUCUGGAGAAAGAUGCUCCAGCCUCGCGAUGGUAAGCCUCAAGCACAGGUCCAGCUGGAAGGUGGGGCACCAGGCCUGGGCGGGCAUGCCACCCGUGACACCGGCAGCGGCAUGCUCUUCCUCACCAACAUCACACUGGCUCACGCAGGCAAGUACGAAUGCGAGGCCACCAAUGCUGGUGGCAAAGCGCGGGUGCUCUUCCAUCUACUGGUCAACGCAUCCCGGCAGCAGUCCCAGCAGCUACCCGCGCCGCAAGCCCCGGCUACACGCCCGGUGGGACAAGAACCACAACACGAGGGAGGCAGCAUGGCCUUCCGAGCGCUGGGGCUAGCAACGCAGACAGCGAUCACAGCAGCCAUAGCGCUGCUGGCGCUCACCGCGCUGUUGUUGGCAGCUAUGAUCUGCAGACGCCGACGUCGGCGGAAAAAGAUGCCUGUGCCGUCGGGGGAAGGCACCCUAUUUGUCAAUGACUAUUCGGAUGGGCCUUGCACCUUCGCACAGCUCGAGGAGCUCCGUGAUGACCAUGGACACGAAAUGUUCGUUAUUGACCGGUCCAAGCCCCUGUUCACAGAGAUACCGCCGGAGGAGCCCCCGGAACACAAUCCUCCCGAGGGCCUCAGGUCUGGGACACGCCUCCCUACACGUGUGGCCUAUGAGAUCCAUUGCUGAGCUUGCGCGUACUAAUGACAUAAGCACUGGGGAUUGGCCGGUGCAGAACCGCGCAUGCUCAAAGUAAAGUUGAAGCCAGGC